AGCCGGUCAUUACCACUACGUUCCUCUCCGUGACCCUUUAACAAUGUCAGCUAACGUCUCGAUCCCUAAGGCUGGUGCCGGUGCUGACUUGAGGAAAUUCAUGGAGAAGCGACUCGAUCUGAAACUGAACGGCAACCGCCAUGUUGUAGGAGUACUCAGAGGAUAUGACCAGUUCAUGAACCUGGUGUUGGAUAACGCUGUCGAGCUGGUUUCCCGUACUGAGAAGAAGGACAUUGGUAUGACUGUCAUUCGCGGUAACUCGGUACUCAUGUGGGAGUGUCUCGACAGGGUCACACAGUAGAAGAGUUCUAAUAGAAGAAAAUGAUGGCAAUAGUAUAUAAUGGUCAAUUGGUGAUGACGAUACCGAGGAGCCUCAUUUCCUAUGCUC